AUGGCCGACUCCACUACUUCCAGCCUUAACUUGAGUACAGAGUCCAAUCAGGUUGGAGCUGAAGAUGCUAGGGAAAUCCAGAUCACCAACCAGGCUGCAGCUGAUGAUGGUAGCCGGAACCACAGCACAUUCAUGGAUCCUAAAUUGUACGUGGCUGCAGCAGAUGGUGCCAUCCAUGUACUUCAGCAAUGUGUUGAUAUUCAUGUCCAACUAACCCCCAAAAAUAACACGGUUCUCUAUGUUGCUGCUCAAUUCGGUCAGGCGGGCUGCGUUAACCGGAUCCUUGAGUUGGCUUCUGCUUCAUCACUAUUGCAACAGCCCAAUGAGAAAGGUGACACUCCACUUCACCUUGCAGCCAGAGAAGGGCAUUUGACAGUGGUGAAAAAUCUUAUUCACGCUGCCAAAAUACUUGGAGAAGAAGACACGGAAAGAGGGGCUGCAGCAGAUUGGAAGGUGAUGCUGAGGACGACAAAUAACGAACAAGACACAGCCUUGCACGAGGCAGUGAGAAAUCAUCACCCUGAGGUGGUGAAGUUAUUGAUUAAGGAAGACCCCGACUUUACCUAUGGUACUAAUACUGAAGGCAACACUCCUCUUUACAUCGCUGCGGAGUGA